UGUCGGCUACGCCAUCUUGAAAUUUUUAACUAGAUUCAGACGUGAGGAUUUAAGUAUCACGCCUUCUCUACUCUUAGAGACAUUAAGGGAUCACAAUUGGAUUAGUCAACAUCAACGCGUAAAUCCUUUAAAUCUGUCAUGUCACGGUACAGUAGAGCCCCUAACGACUGCAAAGUGUAUAUUGGUGAUUUACCCAAGGAUGCAUCAGAAAAGGAAAUAGAGAGAGCUUUUAGCUACUUUGGGCGCUUAAGAAAUGUUUGGGUGGCAAGGAACCCUCCUGGAUUUGCUUUUGUUGAAUUUGAAGAUUACAGAGAUGCUGAAGAUUCAGUGAAAGAAUUAGAUGGAACAAACAUUUGUGGAAGUAGAUGCAGAGUGGAACUGUCAACUGGUAAGGUUCGUCCAAAACCUUGGUUAAGAGGUGGUAGAGGGCCACCCAGGAGCAGACGUGCAUUUAAUCCUGAUGAUAGGUGUUAUGAAUGUGGGGAAAGGGGUCACUAUGCGUAUGACUGUUCCCGAAACCGCCGUGGAGGAGGUGGUAGCUCUUCAAGGCGUAAAUCGAGAUCAUAUUCUAGGAGUUACUCACGUAGUAGAAGUCGUGGUCGCCGAGAUAGCCGUUCUAAAAGCAGGGCUUCGAGGUCUGACGCUUCAAGAUCAAGAUCACCUCAAGCAAAAUCACGUUCACCAUCUCAUCAUUCCAACUGAGUUAUUUCUGGCUUUUGGGCAGGGGAAUUUUUUAAAAAUAAUUUCUUAUGGGUGGUUUCAUGGCAAUGCUGAUGAUGAAAUGUUUAUCAGUUAGAAGAGAUAAACAUGGCCAUCAAUCGUAAUAGUUGUAGUGUACUUGAUGAUCCAGGUUCCAAAUUAACAUUUUAUAUGAGGUUUUAUUUAGUUUUAAGUAAGUCACUAACUUAAGGCAGACUGCUUGCCACUAAAUAUGCUGUAAAGAUCUUGUAUAAAGUUGUGUAUUUUUAAACUUAAGUUAGGUUCUAAUUUAUAGCAUGUAAAGUUUUAUGGGAUGGUCUAUGCGGCAGCUUUUUAUGAUCUGUCAGAUUUUGUACAUUCUGUUAUUGCUACCUUCUGUAUUUCACUUUUCUUCUUUGAAUAAGACAAUGCCUGUUGGUAUCCAAUACAUAAUAUUGUCAGUUAAUUUUUUGUCAACAAUUUACUGUCAUUUUCAUUAGAAUCACAAUAAAAUUUCCAUUUUUA